CUUAGGUUUCCGCCUGCUUCGUAACGACGGAUGCUCUCUCGCCUUUGUUCUUCUGUUCAAGUCAUCGCCCUGCUCAACAUUCGCCGGCCACCUGGACUGCCGACGGCCACUCGCAGCGCCGGCGACAGCCCAAACGUCCCAGAGGCCAACAGCAUCUGUCACCGCUUGAAGGCACCGCGCAUCUCUGCUUUCUUUCUCUCGUUCUUUCUACGUUUUCUUCUCUAUCGACUCAUCGGCAGCAGCUGCAACCCAAACCCUUUCUCCCGACGGCCACUCGCAGCGCCGGUGACAGCCCGAACGUCCCAGAGGCCACCAGCAUCUGUCACCGCUUGAAGGCACCGCGCAUUUCUGCUUUCUUUCUCUCGUACUUUCUACGUUUUCUUCUCUAUCGACUCAUCGGCAGCAACUGCAACCCAAACCCUUUCUCCCGACGGCCACUCGCAGCGCCGGUGACAGCCCGAACGUCCCAGAGGCCACCAGCAUCUGUCACCGCUUGAACGCACCGCGCAUCUCUGCUUUCUUUCUCUCGUUCUUUCUACGUUUUCUUCUCUAUCGACUCAUCGGCAGCAGCUGCAACCCAAACCCUUUCUCCCGACGGCCACUCGCAGCGCCGGUGACAGCCCGAACGUCCCAGAGGCCACCAGCAUCUGUCACCGCUUGAAGGCACCGCGCACCUCUGAGGUGAUCUGCUUUGCAUAGGAGGGGAUGUCGUCUGGUUCAGAUGAUUGCAGUGAUUUUAGUGAGGGGGAAAUCGAAGAGCGAGUGGAAAAGUUAUAUAAGGAAUUGAAGGAGAAGAAUGUCUUCACUGGGAGCUCUGAUGGCUUCCUUAGGUGCCCCUACUGCCUUGGGAGGAAGAAACAAGAUUACAAAUACAAGGAUCUUCUUCAGCAUGCAACAGGAGUUGGAAACUCCAACAAGAGAUUAAAGGAAACUGCGAAGCAUCGAGCACUGGCGAAGUUCUUGCAGUUGGAUUUUGUAGAGAAGCCUGGACCUUCUAUUACCCCUUCAUUUCCGAGAUCUGCUCCAUCAUCCAAACGUUUCAAAAAGGACGCUGAGGAGGAGCGUUUUGUUUGGCCUUGGAUGGGAAUCGUUGUGAAUAUCCAGGCCAAGGGGAAGGAUGGGAAACACUUUGCGACUGCUUCUAGAUUGAAAGAGGAGUUUGCUUGGUUCAAUCCCGUAAGAGCUUAUCCACUGUGGGAUUAUAAGGGCUUCCGGGGGACGGCCAUUUUAGAAUUUAACAAGGAGUGGAGUGGGUAUCACGCUGCGAAUUCGUUUGAGCGGUCUUUUCAGGUGGAUCAUCAUGGGAAAAAAGAAUGGAUAGAAUUCCAAGGGCACGGGUCAAGAAUGUAUGGGUGGAUGGCUCGUGAGGAUGACUACAACAGUGUUGAUAGGUGUAUAAGGGAGCAUCUGCGGAAGCAUGGUGAUCUCAGAACUGUUACUGAGCUCGAAGAUGAGGAGAAGCGAAAGAAAGAUAUCCUUGUUGAUGGGCUUAAAGAACAAAUAGAUUUAAAGAACAAGGAUUUGGAAUCAUCUGGGAUGCGGCUGAAGGAGGUUACGUAUGUACUGGAGCAGACUAAGGCUUCUCUCGAAGAAAAGGAAAGCGAUAUGGCCAGGUUAAUGGACCAAUAUAAUGAAGAAAUGAGGAAUUCACAAAGAAGGCAGCAUGCUUUGUGGAUGGAAGUUCUUCAGGAGCGUGAGACAUGUCGCUUAGAAUUAGAAAAGGAAAAGAAAGAACUAGCAAGUCGCCAAAAGGAGUUGCUGAAACAGGAAGCACAAAAUGAUUACGAGAAGAAAAAAUUUGAAGAUGAAAAGAAACAGUAUGCUGCCAGAGAUGCUGAUCUUCAAGCUGCCAGUAUGGAGCAGAAGAAGACCGAUGAAAAUUUAAUGAAGCUAUUGGAGGAUCAUAAGAGAGAGAAAGAGGAAGCACACCGGAUGGUUCUUGAUAUGCAAAAGAAGUUGGAGGGCAAGCAAAAUUUGGAGGUAGAGAUAGAGAAGCUAAAAGGAAAAAUACAAAUGGUGGAGCAUAUGGAAGGUGGUGAUGAUAGUAACAAAAUUGAAUCAUUGAGGACCCUGCUAGAGGAAAAAGAAGCUGAGCUGGAUGACUUGGAUCAAUUGAAUACCACCCUCUUAGCCAAGGAGCGGAUUACAAAUGAUGAGUUACAAGAGGCCCGAAAAGAAAUAAUAGCUGGUUUUGAUGAGUUAUUUAGCAAUCGUGGUCAUAUUGGAGUUAAACGAAUGGGUGAGCUUGAUUCGAAGGCCUUCAAAGAGGAAUGCAAGAAAAAGUAUCCCAAGGAUUAUGAAAUCAAAGCAGUGGAAAUGGCCUCUUCAUGGGAUGCUUCAUUGCGAGAUCCAAAUUGGUUCCCCUUCAAAGUGGUCCAAGAUGGAGACAACUGUAAGGAAAUCAUAAAUGAUGACGAUGAAAGGUUAAAAGAGCUGAAAGCCGGAUGUGGCGAAGGCAUAUAUGAAGCCGUGGUGACUGCCCUUAAGGAGCUUAAUGAAUACAAUGCAAGUGGAAGGUAUCCUGUUAAAGAACUUUGGAACUUCAAAGCUGGGAGAAAAGCCAGCUUGAAGGAGGCUGCCCAGCACCUCAUCAAGUCCUGCAAGUUGCAUAAGCGCAAGAAAUGAGAGUGCUUAACGUAACUCGCUUAUUUGUAUAUGUCAGGAACUGAAAACUUUUUGCCCUUUUAUGGGGGAAGUUCUCACAUUUUUGCUCCGAUCAAAUCUGAACUUCAAACUGAAAAUGAAAACGGUAGUGGGUCAUUGACUUCAGGAUUGAGCAGUUUUGGUGGCUCAUAUGAUGUAUAUAUUUUGCCUGUUGUUGAUAUUGGUCACAUGUACAGCUGAUUUUUCUUCGUCUCAUUAUAAUAACGCUAGCUUAUGAC